GCACUGUGUCUGUGGAGACGGACCCGCGCGGCAACGCACUACCUGGAAACUAUACGGCUGGUGUGGACUUUAUAGCCACGACGAAAAGUGACCAUGCGAUGACUGAGCGCGCUUUGGGCACAUCUACCGAAUCCAUUACAGGAGGUGAAUGAUGGCCGAGGAUGGGGGAAAUCUCUCCGGGGUCCCCGGCGCCAGGGGCUCGGAGGGUCGCUCCUCUCUGCCGAGGACCUUCAUCCGGCUCAACGACCUGUCCGGGGUCGGGACAGGAGGCGGGGAGAGCGGCGAGGUAGUGGUGGAGCCGGCGUCCCCGGCGCCCGACGGGAUCUCCACAGGCGGGGAGGAGGCAUCGGCGAGCGGCGCGGAGAGCCUGCCCUACCCCACCCUGGCUCCCGUGGUCUUCUUCUACCUGAAACAAACCACCCGGCCUCGGAGCUGGUGUCUCAAGAUGGUCUGCAACCCAUGGUUUGAGCGAGCGUCCAUGUUGGUGAUCCUGCUGAACUGUGUGACACUGGGCAUGUUUCAUCCCUGCGAGGACAGCAACUGCGACUCUGAGAGGAGCAGGAUCCUGCAGGCCUUUGACGACUUCAUCUUUGCAUUCUUUGCCAUUGAGAUGGUGAUCAAGAUGGUGGCUCUGGGGAUUUUUGGCAAGAAGUGCUACCUUGGAGACACAUGGAACUGCUUGGACUUCUUCAUUGUAUUGGCUGGGAUGUUGGAGUACUCCCUCAACUUGCAGAAUGUCAGUUUUUCAGCAGUGAGGACAGUACGCGUGCUGAGACCGCUGAGAGCCAUCAACCGAGUGCCAAGCAUGCGUAUCCUGGUGACCCUGCUGCUGGACACCCUGCCUAUGCUGAACAACGUGCUGCUGCUCUGCUUCUUUGUCUUCUUCAUAUUCGGCAUAGUGGGCGUCCAGCUGUGGUCCGGCCGGCUCAGAAACCGCUGCUUCGUGGAAGAAAACUUCUCCUUCCCUCUGUCUGCGAAGUUGGACAAGUUGCAUGUAUACUACCACACUGACAAUGACGAUGAGAACCCCUUCAUCUGCUCUAAGCCCCGAGACGGUGGCAUGAGAGGCUGCAACUCAGUGCCCAAGCUGCAUGAGGGAGGCCUGGAGUGCAACCUGGACAUUUACUCUUACAACAGCACUGACAACACGACUUGCGUCAACUGGAACCGGUACUAUACCAACUGCUCUGUUGGUAUGUCCAACCCUUUCAAGGGAGCGAUCAACUUUGACAAUAUCUUCUAUGCCUGGAUUGCCAUCUUUCAGGUGAUCACUCUGGAGGGCUGGGUGGACAUCAUGUACUUUGUGAUGGAUGCUCACUCCUUCUACAACUUCAUCUACUUCAUCCUACUCAUCAUUAUUGGCUCAUUCUUCAUGAUCAAUCUGUGCCUGGUGGUCAUCGCCACUCAGUUCUCAGAGACCAAGCAGAGGGAGAGCCAGCUGAUGAAGGCGCAGCGGGUGCGCUUCAUGUCCAGUGCCAGCACUCUGGCCUCCCUCUCUGAGCCAGGCUCAUGCUAUGAUGAGCUCCUCAAGUACCUGGUUCAUGUCAUCCGCAAGGGGGCCAAACAAGUGGCCCAUAUCUGCAGGCUCUUGGCUCGCCUUGCUGGGCUCAACAUUGCCGCCUCGCCCCUGGCCACAGAACCCCAACGUAGCCAGAGGAGGAGGAGGAAGUCCUCCAGGCAGGGAUCUGUGUCAGUUCAUCACAUGGUGCACCAUCAUCACCACCUCCACUACCACCUGGGAAAUGGCAGUGUGAGGGGAGGAGGGAGCAUCUUGUGUAUGGAGGGUAGGGAUGUGGAGGCUGGAGCUCAUAACACCAACGGAAGGGCUCUUGUAGCAACAACCAGCACUGGGCAUCUUGCUUCUGUGACAGCAGCCACAUCUGAUUCAAACCUUGCCACUUUGUCCAAUCCCACUGCAGGACCUGCUGAUUCAUCUUCAGUUCGCAGUGUAUUCAACAUGGAAACUCUUCACUGUACCCCUUCACCCACACGCAUGGGGCCAACACCAGGCUCAUUCUCUCUGGCCCCAGCUCCCAUGUCCAGGGCCAUGAAGAGGAACUCGGUGCCCUUUGCUGCUCCAGGUCCUAAAAACUAUCCCACCCUGCAGGAUCGAGCCCUAGCAGAGUCCAGACGAGGAAGUAUUGCAACCAGCACUCUGACUAACAUCAACUUCAACCUCAAUAUCCCACCCAUACCCCUGGAGAGACGGCCAUCAAGCCUGGUGGACACACACACUCUCACAGCCCAACUCUCCUGCCAGCUGUCGGCUCGUGACCUUAGUGCCACCAGCAGUGCCAUGGACACAGCUGCUUUGACAUUGGACCCUGAGAACUGCCCCUACUGUGCCAAGGCCCUGGCCAAUGAAUCAGAGGGUGGUACCGAGGGCAAUGAGACACCCGGUGAUUCUGACAGCGAGGGUGUUUACGAGUUCACCCAGGACCUCCACCACAGGGACAGGAGAGACAGCCGGCAGGCCAAAAAGAAGCACCAUAGGCUGGGCAAAACAGCAGAGAAGGUGGUUCACUUCUGGAGGCUGGUGUGUGACACAUUCAGGAAGAUUGUGGACAGCAAAUACUUUGGACGAGGAAUUAUGAUCGCCAUUCUGAUUAAUACUCUGAGCAUGGGGAUUGAGUACCAUAAGCAGCCUGAAGAGUUGACCAAUGCAUUGGAGAUCAGUAACAUAGUGUUCACCAGCCUCUUUUCUCUUGAGAUGCUGUUGAAGGUUUUGGUAUACGGGCCCUUUGGCUACAUCAAGAACCCGUACAAUAUCUUCGAUGGCAUCAUCGUGGUCAUCAGUGUGUGGGAGAUUGCGGGCCAGCAGAAUGGCGGUUUGUCGGUGCUGAGGACCUUCCGGCUGAUGCGGGUGCUGAAGCUGGUGCGUUUCAUGCCGGCCCUGCAGAGGCAGCUGGUGGUGCUGAUGAAGACCAUGGACAAUGUGGCCACCUUCUGCAUGCUGCUCAUGCUCUUUAUUUUCAUCUUCAGUAUCCUGGGGAUGCAUCUGUUUGGUUGUAAGUUUGGGUCGGAGAAGGAUGAAGACACUCUGCCAGACAGGAAGAACUUUGACUCUCUUCUCUGGGCUAUAGUGACUGUCUUCCAGAUCCUAACCCAGGAGGACUGGAACAAGGUGUUAUAUAACGGCAUGGACUCCACAUCUCAUGUAGCUGCCCUCUACUUCAUUACACUCAUGACCUUUGGAAACUACGUACUCUUCAACUUGCUGGUGGCCAUUUUGGUCGAGGGUUUCCAGGCGGAGGGUGAUGCUUCUAAAUCUGGUUCGGAGAUCAAUUCCUUCACACGAAGUAUGGAGGAUGUUGACGGCAGUAAGAGGGAUUUAUCAGCCUCUGCAGUAGUGCCUGUAAAUGGUCAUGUGGACCUGAAGACCAGCCUGACUCCACCUCUAAUUACUCACACGGCUGCCACCCCCAUGCCUGUACCCAAGCUGCCUGUCGGAGGUGACCCCCUCGUGGGCUACGAAUCCCGUCAAGGCAGCAAUGUCUCCGUAGAUCCAGCCUGCUAUGACAAAUCACCGACCAGUGCCCGCAGCUCUUCUCCCUAUGCUCCAUGGAGCUCCGGCAGCGGCCGGACCAGCCGACGAUCCAGCUGGAACAGCUUGGGUCGUGCCCCAUCACUCAAACGCCAGAAGCGGCAGUCUGGGGAGCGACGCUCGCUCCUCUCUGGGGAGGGCGGCUCCAGCUCGGACGAUGGGGAGGGUGGCGGAGAAGGAGGAGGUGGGUUGAUGGAGGACGAUAACACCUCCCUGGCCAGGACAGACUCCAUGUCGCAGUCACAGAGAGGUCCCAGACAUCGGAGGAUGGAGUCAGUGGAGACACGGAGCUCCAUGGAUUUGCCACCUGAUGCUCUGCUACAGGUACCCUACCUGUACCGCUCAGCCAGUAUGCACAGCUCCAGACCACCCUCACUGGGCCACCUACAGCCCACAGAGCACAGCGACUGCAAUGGAAAGGGCUCUCUACCAGUGCUUGGUCCAACACACGUCUCACUGGAGGACAACACUGAAGACGAAAAUGCAGAGGAGGAGCCCAACCUAGGUCGCUUUGCCAGAUUGGUCCGCUGGCUGGAGAAGAAGCAGCCAGAGUGGUGUCGAAAGAGAGACACUUGGUCACUCUACCUCUUCCCUCCAGAGUCCAGGUUUCGGGUCCUGUGCAAUAAAAUCAUCACCCACAAGAUUUUUGACCACGUCGUGUUGGUGAUCAUCUUCCUCAACUGCAUCACCAUUGCCAUGGAGAGGCCGGACAUCAACCCUUCCAGUGCUGAACAGCUCUUCCUUACACUGUCCAACUACAUCUUCACGGCGAUCUUUGUGGCCGAGAUGACUAUAAAGAUCGUAGCUUUGGGCUGGUGUUUUGGGGACAAGGCCUAUCUGAAGAGCAGCUGGAACAUUCUGGAUGGGAUGUUGGUGAUGAUUUCUAUUAUUCACAUCCUGUUGUCUUUCAUCUCCAAGAGGGGUACCGAUAUUCUGGGCAUGUUCAGUGUGCUGAGGCUGCUGAGGACCCUCAGGCCGCUACGCGUGAUCAGCAGAGCCCCAGGGCUGAAGCUGGUGGUGGAGACCCUGAUGUCGUCACUGAAGCCCAUCGGCAACAUUGUGGUCAUCUGCUGCGCCUUCUUCAUUAUCUUUGGCAUCUUGGGAGUACAGCUCUUCAAGGGGAAGUUCUUCUUUUGUCAAGGAGUAGAACCUCAUGUAAAGAACAUCACCAACAGGUCAGACUGUUUGCAGGCCAACUACAAAUGGGUCAGACACAAGUACAACUUUGACAACCUGGGACAGGCCUUGAUGUCUUUGUUUGUUCUGGCGUCAAAAGACGGCUGGGUGGACAUUAUGUAUAAUGGACUGGAUGCUGUUGGAGUUGACAAACAGCCAGAAUUGAACUACAACCCAUGGAUGCUGCUUUACUUCAUCUCUUUCCUGCUGAUCGUGGCCUUCUUUGUGCUCAACAUGUUCGUGGGCGUGGUGGUGGAGAAUUUCCACAAAUGCCGGCGCCACCAGGAGGCCGAGGAGGCCAAGCGCAGAGAGGAGAAGAGACAGAAACGCAGGGAGAAAAAGAGACGGAGUAAGGAGAAGGAGCUGGCUGCUCAGAGUAAGCCCUACUACUCCGAUUACUCCCCCACCCGUCUGCUCAUCCACAAGAUGUGCACCAGCCACUACCUGGACCUGUUCAUCACCAUCGUCAUCGGGCUGAACGUCAUCACCAUGUCCAUGGAGCACUACGAUCAGCCCAAGAAGUUGGUCGAGGCACAGAAGAUCUGUAACUACAUCUUCACCCUCAUCUUUGUUCUGGAGUCCGUCUUCAAGCUGGUGGCCCUUGGGUUCCAACGCUUCUUCAAGGACAAGUGGAACCAGCUGGAUCUGGCCAUUGUGCUGCUGUCUAUCAUGGGCAUCACUCUGGAAGAGAUCAAGGUCAAGGCUUCACUGCCCAUCAACCCCACCAUCAUCCGCAUCAAGAGAGUGCUGAGGAUCGCACGAGUAUUGAAGCUGUUGAAGAUGGCGGAGGGGAUGAGAGCUCUGCUGGACACUGUUAUGCAAGCGCUGCCACAGGUGGGGAAUCUGGGUCUUCUGUUCAUGCUUCUCUUCUUCAUCUAUGCAGCACUGGGAGUGGAGCUGUUUGGUGACUUGAUUUGCGACGAUACCCACCCAUGUGAGGGUCUGGGGCGCUACGCUACAUUUAAAAACUUUGGGAUGGCAUUUCUGCUGCUCUUCAGAGUUUCCACUGGAGACAACUGGAAUGGCAUAAUGAAGGACACAUUAAGAGACUGCGCCAAUGAAACCCACACCUGCUACAACACUGUGGUCUCUCCCAUCUACUUCGUCUCCUUCGUCUUGACUGCUCAGUUUGUCCUGGUCAAUGUUGUCAUUGCUGUCCUGAUGAAGCAUCUGGAGGAGAGCAACAAGGAAGCUAAAAUGGGGGCAGAGGAGCAGGAUCUCCAGAUGGAUGGUGGAGAUGUGGCCACGAGGUCGCCCCAGCGAAACCCUCUGGCACUGGGCAUCGACAGGUCGAGUUCUGGGGAUUCAUCCUGGAGGUCCACCAGAGGAGGGGACAGGGAACAAGAAGGGGACGGUCCUAUGGACUCGCCCACUGCUGAUAUAACCAGAGACAUUGUAAACAUCAGAGCAGACCCCCCUUCAUGCCCGGACCCCCCGCUGGAGCGGAGAGCACUGUUUGACUCGGUCUCCCUGGUCAUCCAGGGUUCAACGGAGGGAGAGUUGAGUCUGAUGGACAACCUGUCCGGCUCUAUCUGCCACUUCUACGCGCUGCCCCCCAAGCCCAGCGAGCACAGCACCGACAAGAAGAUCCCUCUAGCGGAGAUGGAAGCUCUGUCUCUGGCCUCUGAGAAAUCCUGGUCCCUAGCUCUGACAGACGACUCGGCCCCCGACGAUUUUAACCCCCCCUUUCUAACCAGUCUGGAAUGCAAUCCGGAGCAGCUCGAUCCUGGGGAGCCAGUGGGGGACAACCUACUGAGCAUCAGGAAGCCGACGGUGGGACGCACACACUCCCUGCCCAACGACAGCUACAUGUUCCUCCACCUGCAGCCUUUUAGCCACACAGCGCCAAAUCCAGCACAGCUUCUAACUCAGAUGCAGGGUCCCCAGAGGGCCAAAUUAGGCUCCAGUGCCUCGGUACGUUCGCAACCGGAGGAGUUUUCCCAACAGCUGACCAUUCCCACAGACCUCUUCAGACCCAUCAGCCCCCACAGCCAUUCAGACUCGGAGAGUAUACCACGACUACCCCCUCCCAGACGCACACACACAUUCAGCCGCACGCUUCGCAGACAGGUUGCAGUGUCUACUGAUUCUCAGGAGGCCCUGUGUUCGGAAGGAGGGGAGAGCAAUGAAGGACUUGUGAAUGUGGCCUCUCUGGGCUUCCCUCCAUCCCCCUCCUCCUCCUCCCCCACCUCUCCCUCACCCUGCUCCCAUCAACAUCAGCAGCCUGCUCUCUGCCUCGCCCCCCCCAUCCCAGACGCCUCCCCUAAACCCUCGUGCCCUGGCAGCGUGCACACCCAGCAACCCGACCAGCACCGCCUCGCCUCCUACUCCCCUUCCUCCUCCUCCUCCCCUCCCUCCUCGCCUCCUCCACUCUUACCAGCUAGGCCACACGAACAGGAAGAGGCCUCAGUGGAUCAGGAAGUGUCCCUCAUUAACUGCUCGGGGUUGGCUGAUGACAUCGCGGCAAAGGACAGUCGUGAUGGUAAAGAGGAUUACAGCUCCUACACAGCCUGUGGCGAGAGUCGGAGUCCAUAUUUGAGGCAGCUGAAGAGGUUCCACAGCGUUGACACGCAGGGCCGCAGCACCCUCCCGCCCCGUCCCCGCCCUUCCUCCUGGUUGGACGACCCUCGACGCCACUCUGUAGAAGUAUGCUCCUCGCUGGAGUCCAGCCCCCAGCACAGCACCACUUCCACCUCCUCCGGCUUUGUGUCGAGAGCCGACAGCCUGCAGAUGCAGAGGCAGACCCCAACUCAGACCUCGCUGUCCUCACCUCGGCGCAAGAAGAAGAUGAGCCCGCCCUGCAUCUCUGUAGACCCUCCUGAUGGACUGGAGCCUCAGUCUGGCCUCUACGCGGGCUUUGGUGGGCUUGGCGGGUUAGGGAUGCCCCCUCCUCUGCCCAGCCGUGACACCUACCUGAGAAGGAGAGCGCCAUCAAGUGACUCCAAGGAGUCCUUUGACCAAGGAGUUGGAGAGGGUUCGGGACAGGACGGAGGCUCGCCAAACCCCAACACCAACCCCAAGCUAUUGACACUUCCCAGUUUCUCCUUUGAGAAGACAAGCUCUGAGCACUGAACACUGAUACUCCGACACACACAGAUACACACAGACACACAGACGGACGAACCUUCAACACACACAAACACAUGAUGCACUCUGUGUGUCUGUGAUGGUGAUAGUUCUAGAAAUAAUGCUGUAGAGAGUAAUAAUGGUAAAACUACAAGAAACAGUAAAAACAUCCUUGGUUUCAUAAGGAGUGCAGUACUGUAGUAGUGUGAACAUCCCUUGUCUUUGUAUUGUUCCUGCCAAAACAACCAGAGAAGAAGAGAACUACGUGAAACAACAAACCUGACUUUCUCUUCAGCUAGCCCUGCAUGCCACUGGCUGCAGCUUGACCCCAACACCUCUGGAGUGACAUCAGCACCUGGGAUUUGGCGCCCUCUGUGGUCGCCAUCUGAACUGCCUGGUGUUGCACAGGGUGGACUUUGCCCCGUCAGUGGAGGUACAAAGCAAUAUGAACAUUUUAGAGACCCUAUUUUCUUAAAUUAUUGGGCCGUAG